AUGGCCAUCCUUAAGUCUCGAGCAAGAAGAAGGGAAGGAGAAUCUGAUUCCAUGCCCCCUGUGAAUACCAAUGAUCAAUCUAGUGAAAGUGAGGAGGAGCCCAUUGAUGCCAUUCCCUUGAGGCAGGUUCCAUUUUCCAAAUCAACACCCCAAUCUCCUCCUCAAAUUCGAACUCAACCUCAAAGAGUUGUGAAGACUGAGCCACAGCCACAACCACAACCACAACCACAAUACCAAGUUGGCCCUAGAAUAACCAGAAGCAGAGCCAAAGGCCUUACAAAUUUCAAAUCAGUGAAGCAGAAGAAGGGCACUGUGAUCAACCUAUCUGAUGAAAGUGAUUCACCACCUGAGAGGCCUGUUGCUCAAACCAGUGCAUCUAGACCAACACAAGAAGAUUCAACUUCUUUAAACACACUGGUAGAUGCAACAACUCAAAUGAACACUCAAAGCAUACCUCCAAGCAUCACAGAAAGGCUCCAAACAGGUUUGAGAAUCACUAGACCUUUAACUAUGGAUUUGUUGUCUAGCUUUCCUGUUUAUCCUCAAGCCAGUGUGGGCUUUAUGUUGAGGAAAUCUGUGGAUGAGGCCAUUGCUGCCUCUAAUGAAGUUUUGGGGCUAAGAACAACAACUUGUGCCCCUGCUAUUGCCAUGAUCCAAACUCAGCCUUCUAUGGCUGCCCAAGCUCCUAAAAAGGGAAAUUCAUCCCUUAAGCAUUCUGUUAGUGCUGCUUUGGCAGCCAUGGAUAGGAUAAUUAGGAGGGAACCAGAGUGUGAUCCAUCCCCUAUCCAACCACCUGUUACCACCACCCAUACACCCACCAUCACUAGAGACAUACCCAUUGAAUUCAAUUUCAUGGAUUCACCAUAUUUUACCUCUAUUCCUAUUUCAUCAUCUACUGUAGAACCUACCAUAUUUGACCAUACAACCACUACCCAAACAGUUUCUAGACCACCCCCUGUUGAAACAGUCACCACCAGCCCAAUACCUUCACCAAUUCAGCCCAUAACCACACCAUCUACACCUACUGAACCUAUUAUCCAUUUGCCACCUACUGUGUCCAUCCAAGAACUAGACUUUGUCUUAGGUCUAUCACCCACUAAUCCAAGCCUUGCAUCCUUUGAACACAAUGAACACCCAUCUGAUCCACAAAACACCCCUGUCACUUAA